UUUAUCCAUCUCAGAGCAUCCAAAACUCUCCCCCUCACAUCUCUCUCUCUCUCAUAGCUCUGCUCCUAACAACCACCGCAAAUGGCUCCGAGAGAAAGGCCCGCCGCAACCGCCGCCGCCAACCCUAACCCCCAUGCCGGCAAGGAGAUCCGCUACCGCGGCGUCAGGAAGAGGCCGUGGGGCCGCUACGCCGCCGAGAUCCGGGACCCCGGGAAGAAGACCAGGGUCUGGCUCGGCACUUUCGAUACGGCCGAGGAGGCAGCGCGUGCCUACGAUGCGGCUGCGCGUGAGUUCCGAGGCGCCAAGGCCAAGACUAACUUCCGCACCGACGCUGAGCUCCUCUCUGCCCGCAGUCCCAGCCAGAGCAGCACCAUAGACUCCGCCUCCCCGCCGCCCCCGCCUCCACUUGACCUCAGCCUCGGCGGGGCACCCGCGGGGCAGUACUUCCCCGGCACCCCCGCCGUGUGCUUCCCGGUGGGGCGGCCUGUGUUCUUUUUCGACGCCUUCGCGCGUGCGGAGAAGGUGAACAGUAACAUUAACCUCGAGGCCUGCAGGUUCGACCGACCCGCCCUGUCGGGCUUCAGGCCCGUGGGCAGAGGCGUCUCCGGAGCUGCCGAAUCCGGCGCAUCCCCCGCCGUGGGUCCGAGGAGGAAGCCGUUCCUCAACCUCGAGCUAGAUCUCAACCUGCCGGCGCCCGAGGUGGCCUAGUUUUUUUUUUUUGGUCCCGCAGAGCCAUCGGAUCUGUUAGGCCUUUUUUUGUUUUCCUUUGGGGGAUCGUUUUGGUUUCAUUGGUUUUUGUGAUUCGAAAUUGAAACGGAAGGAAGAAAAUCAAUCCCAAGUAGAGAAGAGAGGAGAAGAGCCCGCAGCCUGACUCGAGAGAUCCAUGUGCCGAUGAUGCUCUAGGACGACUACGACGGCAGCAGCGGCAAUAACGAUGAUAAAUUUCAUGUGACUAGUUCAAUGUUUUUGUACAUAAGAUGAUUAACAUCUCCCUUGUAUUUUCUUUUUGCAACUGAGAAAGAAGAUCUGAGCUUCUCGUUCUGGAUCUUGAUCUUCUUCUUGUUCCCUUGCAAACCCGAAAAGCUUAAUGACAGUUCAUUAUAUUCUACGAGACUCAA